AUGGCCGAAUACACCAGCGACAAAAUGACCAAAGAAGAAGCAGCAGGUGCAGACACGGAAAUGGCUCUCACUCCCGUAGAGACCUAUGCUGUGGGCAUCAAUUACCCUGAAAAUCUCGUUCCGACCGGGACGAAGCGUGGGCUCAAGUCCCGACAUGCUCAAAUGAUUGCCCUCGGUGGCACUAUUGGCACUGGCCUGUUUGUUGGGUCUGGCCAGGCUCUACGUAUCGGCGGCGCUGCCUUCUUUUUCUUCGGCUACUGCCUGAUCACGAUUAUGGUCUUUGGCAUUGUCACUGCCACCACCGAGAUGAGCUCGUACCUGCCCGUCGUGGGUUCCUCGGUGUCGUACUUCGGCUCUCGAUUUUUCUCUCCCAGCUUAGGUUUCGCUUUGGGCUGGAUGUAUUGGUAUAUCUUCACCAUCACCGUGCCGGCCGAGAUCACGGCGGCCAGUGUCGUCGUGCAAUACUGGAAUCCACCCGUCAACGUGGCAGUCUGGAUCACCAUCUUUAUGAUCGUCAUCAUCGGGCUCAACUGCUUCCCGGUCAAAGUGUACGGUGAAUCGGAAUUCUGGUUCGCCUCCCUCAAAGUGUUCGGCAUCAUAGGACUCUUGAUCAUGGCUCUCGUCUUGAUCUUUGGUGGCGGGCCCAACCACCAGCUUCUCGGAUUUCACUACUGGAAGCACCCUGGAGCUGUCAACGAGUAUCUGGUCAGUGGUUCCUCGGGCCGCUUGUGUGCAUUUGUCGGCACCGUGACCUUCUCGGUCUUCGCGUUCGCCUUUGCCCCCGAGCUUCUGGUGCAGACGGGAGGAGAGAUGGAGUCGCCUCGGAUCAAUCUGCCCAAGGCUGGCAAGCGAUACUUCUACCGCCUGGUGACCUUCUACGUCCUCGGAGCUCUCGCGAUCAGUAUGAUCAUCUCCAGUGACGACAAGAAACUCCUCGGCGGAGGAUCGGGUGCUGGAGCAUCGCCAUGGGCCAUUGCGGCCAAGAACGCCGGCAUCACAGGCCUCGACUCUGUCAUCAACGCCGUUAUUCUGACCUCGGCCUGGUCGGCAGGGAAUUCGUACCUCUUCUUGGCUAGCCGUGCACUCUUCUCCAUGGCACAGGUCGGUAGUGCUCCUCGCAUCUUCCUGAAGUGCACCAAGUCCGGCAUACCUUGGGUAGCCACUGCCACCAGCGCGCUGUUCUGUCUCCUGGCGUACCUCAACGUCUCCGACUCCGGGGCGACCGUGUUCAACUGGUUUGUCAACCUCAUCAACACUGGUGCCUACCAGAGCUGGCUUGCCAUCUGCAUCAUCUACAUCCAAUUCCGUAAGGCCACCUUCGCCCAGAACGUCACGGAUCUCCCGUACCGUUCGCGGUUCCAGCCCUACAUGUCCUACAUUUCUGGGGCGUUCUUUUUCUUGCUCCUACUGAUCUCCGGAUUUGCCAAUUUCGUCAAUGGGGGCUGGAACACGUCGAAUUUCUUGACCUCGUAUAUUGGCAUCCCCAUCUUCCUUGUAUUCUAUGUGGGACAUAAGUGCAUCGCUGGAAGAAAUGAUCCUUGGGUCAUUCCUGCGGACCAAGUCGACCUGAUCAGUGGGCUGGACGAGGUCAUUGCACGCGAGCAGCCCCGCCAACCAAAGGAGCUCUGGUGGCAGAGGGUGCAGGCUCUGUGGUCGUGA